CAAUUGAUAAGUUCACAGUAAACUUUUAUUAGUUCAAAGCUGGAAAAAUGCUGGGUCGAAGUUCUUUAACACUGCUGCUCAUUGGCUUGGUGGUAUCCGAGUUCUUAAUCGGGGAUGUGAGUGGAGCACCACCCAGGAGGAACGUAAACGAAAAAGACAUAGAUGGAGAGACAGCUCUGCAUAGAGCUGCUUAUGCUGGCAAUUCGAGUUUAGUUCAAAGACUCAUCGCUGAAGGAGUCGACCCCAAUAUUAGAAAUAAUUUUAAUGUGACAGCUCUGGAUCAUGCUGCUAUGAAAGGUCACAAGAGUAUCGCCGAACAUCUCGUCCACAAUGGAGCCAAUGUUGAUGCUGAACCUAAUACGAAAUGGACACCUCUUCAUUCAGCCGCAUUCUGUGGUCAUGAGAGUGUCGCUAGACUUCUCAUCCGUAAAGGAGCAAAUGUUAAUGUAAAAAAUAAUUCGAAUCAGACUCCUCGUCAAGUAGCUAUUAACAAUGGUCACAACAAGGUCGCCAAACUUUUGAUCGGCAAUUCGAAUUUUGUUCAAAGCCUCAUCGCUUUAGGAGCCGACCCCAAUAUUAGAAAUAAUUUUAAUGUGACAGCUCUGGAUUAUGCUGCUAUGAAAGGUCACAAGAGUAUCGCCGAGCUUCUUAUCCACAAUGGAGCCAAUGUUGAUAGUGAAAAUGACAAGAAAUGGACACCUCUUCAUUCAGCUGCAUUCUGUGGAGCCAAUGUUAAUGCUGAAACUAAUAUGAAAUGGACACCUCUUCAUUUAGCUGCUCAGAAUGGUCAUCAGAGUGUCGCUGAACUUCUCAUCCGUGAAGGAGCAAAAUUUCUUGAUAAAAAUAAUUUGAAUCAGACUCCUUAUCAGUUAGCUAUUAACAAUGGUAAAGCUGACUAA